AUGCCUUCCUUCAAGACAGCUGUUUUGGCCGUAGCAACAGCCUUCGUCGCCAGCGUCAGGGCAGACUACUACAUUGUACCAACCUCAGUCCCUGUCGCCACCAGAGAGGAGUGGUGCAGCAGCGAGGUCGCCGAGUGCCCCAGUAUCUGUGAAGACAUGGGCGCCGGAGGAGCAAAGGUCAACACCUGCGACUCGACAACCCUGAGCUACGGCUGCCUCUGCGAUGACAACACCACCCCCAACGUUUCCGAAUACUCCCUGACCCUGCCUUACUUCGUCUGCACGGAAUGGGGCAACCAGUGCGUUACAGCAUGCGGCAUCAACAACACCUGCGCGUCCGCCUGCCGACAGGACCAUCCCUGCGGUGCGCUCGACCCCACAACCAACAAGACCAACUCGACGGCGACCGCGAGCGCGAGCUCCACCAGCUCGACCAGCUCCUCCGGCAGCGACACCGUGUAUUCCAGCCUCAACGGAAAGAGCGCUGCGGGCCCCCCGGCGUUCGAGAUGGCCAGGCUGUACAGCACGAUGGCUGUGCUGGGCCUGUUCUGCGUGGGCUUCGGCUACCUGCUCUAAGGGGUCCCCACACACUCCUGAUCAAGCAAGGUCGAGGUUUUGCAAAAAUAGCUCAACACGGAGGCCAGGUUGAGGACCGGUCAGUGGAGGCGUGACACGUGGUGAGAGGGGGCAGCGGAUGGCCGGUGUGUCAGGGAGUUGCUGUCUCGCCCCACUAGGAGAGCUCUUGGGAGAAAGUUUGAUCAUUCGUUGAAUGUUCAACCAGGUAAGCGCAUUCCUAGCGAAAACGGUGCUGGCCAGGCAUCGAUCGACCUGAGAAAAGAAGGAUAGAAAAGGCACCACGAAGCCGCAAGAAACAUGCACAAUACCGGGUGCGUCUAAUAUCUGACUUUGGGAGCUUCGUCACAUUGCAUUAUUGGUAGGUAGGCUCUUCUGGGUUCAUUGGGCGUUUUCAUGCUUUUUGGGAUAAGCAAGGCCAAUGGCGCUACAAGCAUUCAUUACUACAACAUGGGGCAGAUUUUGUUCUGCAUCAGCAUAGUUGAAGGGGGCAAACGUAUGACGGAUGAGUUCUAGCAGAGCAUUGAAUUGAAUGAAGCAGUUGG